AUGUUGAAGGUUCAGCCUCUUUUGGUUCCUCUGACGCACCACCACUGGUUGUGGUACAAACUAAUAGGAAGUCACUCUGGGGUAAAACUGUGUCGUUGGACCAAGUCAAUGCUGAGAGGGAGAGGAGGCUGCUAUAAACACACCUUCUAUGGGAUUGAAUCACACCGCUGUAUGGAGACCACACCGAGCCUGGCCUGUGCCAACAAAUGUGUUUUCUGCUGGAGACACCACACCAACCCGGUGGGCACGGAGUGGCGCUGGAAAAUGGACCCGGCCGAGAAGAUCAUUCAGGAGGCUGUGGAGAACCACAGGAACAUGAUUCGCCAGUUCAGAGGUGUGCCAGGAGUGCGUCCCGAGCGCUUUGAAGAGGGCCUCACCGUGAAGCACUGUGCUCUGUCUCUGGUGGGCGAACCCAUCAUGUAUCCUGAGAUCAACUCCUUCCUUCGACUCCUUCAUCAGCAGAACAUAUCCAGCUUCCUGGUCACCAACGCCCAGUUCCCUGAGGAGAUCAGGAGUCUUGUGCCCGUUACACAACUUUAUGUCAGCGUUGAUGCCAGCACAAAAGACAGUCUGAAGAAAAUUGACCGCCCCCUUUUCAAAGACUUCUGGCAGCGUUUCUUGGACAGUCUCAGAUCUCUUGGUGAAAAGCAACAGCGUACGGUGUACAGACUGACCCUGGUGAAGGCCUGGAAUGUGGAUGAGCUGAAGGCCUACUCAGAUCUCAUCGCCCUUGGACAGCCAGAUUUCAUCGAGGUCAAGGGAGUGACAUACUGUGGCGAGAGCUCAGCCAGUAGCCUGACAAUGGCCAACGUACCCUGGCACGAGGAGGUCGUCUACUUUGUGCAGCAGCUUGCCAACCUGCUCCCAGACUAUGAAAUUGCCUGCGAACACGAGCACUCCAACUGUCUGUUACUUGCACACCACAAGUUCAAAGUCGACAGGGAGUGGUGGACGUGGAUUGACUACGAACGCUUCCAGGAGCUCAUUCAGGAAUACGAGGAGAGUGGAGGCACCAAGAGCUUCUCAGCGAUGGACUAUAUGGCCAAGACCCCCAGCUGGGCCAUUUUUGGGGCCCAAGAAAGGGGAUUUGACCCCUCGGACACACGCUUCCAGAGAAAGAAUAAAACCAAAGAUAUCUCAGGGUGUUGAUGUUACUUUUGCCAUCCUACUUUAAGUCUUUAGAGUAAUUUGUAUUUUUAAUGAAUGGAAUAGAUGACCUGAUUGACCCGAGAUUAAAACUUAUUUUUGUUAUUUUAGCCAAGGCACAGUUUGCUCUCCAAGACUUGCCCUAGGGAUGAAAUUCUGGUUAGCAUAUUCUUACAGAUACUUGAUAACUCUUUUUUUUCAUGCUGUUUUAAUGAGUGUUAGCUGCUGUCUUUAGUUAUGGUCACAGUAAUAAAGAAUUUAAUUUCCAAGUCCUGUUCACUCUGAGCUCUGGAUGUAAUAGCUCUGGUAAGAAUACUGACAGGAGGACAGAACUGAAGAACAAGUGACUUGAAUUUAAGGCUUCAUUUACCCAUACCACCUUAGGGCCUAAAUUUAAAGCGCACAAGAGGAAAGAACUGCAAAAGAAAAAUAUCACUAUAGUUAGCUACGUUAAUAUCAUGUCACCUCAAACUGUGAUUUGUGUGUUCUUUUAGACGUUUAGAGGGCAGUUGAGUCAGAUGGGACUUUGAAUGGAGUGGCCCAUGAUACAGCUGAAAGCUAUUUGGAAUCAGAACUGCCCCAUAAAUAUCUCUGUAACAACCACUCAAGACAUUGAAAUGUGAAAUUGCAGUUCUUACCUUUUGCAUUGUCUUAUGCUGUUGUCUAUGUUUUUGUCUUGGGUAUUUCUACACAACGUUGAUGGAUUACAAAUGUCACUACAUGCGUUUGUUUUUUGCAUGUAUUAUUUUAUCAUUCUUUGCCUUUUUGUGUCUUGCAAAAUGUUAUAAUGCAGUUAUGAACCUGAUGUUUGUCCUUGAUUGGGUUACACUGAUAUUGUAAAUACACCCAAAAGGUAUCUACAAACUGCAUUUGUUAUUCAUGCACAUCCAGGUACGUUGCAAAUGAAAUUGAGUUUUGUCGUAGCUGCUUUUUUGGCGUCUUAUUAAAACUUUUUGCUGU